ACCCCUGAGCAGUCAUGAGUUCGCCUAUGAAGCGUGCUUGGUACUACGCACACGGGCAAUCUCUGAUUCUGAAACUGCAUAGCCAGCCAUGGCCAAGGUGAGAAUGGCACGAAAAGAAGCAAUUUUGAUUGUCUAUAUGGUUGAAAGUACAAUAAAGAUGUUGAGUGGAACACACAUUACUGCCUUUGGAAUUGGGCACAUCAACACUGCCCAAACUUACCAGAAUGAGGCUGAGAUUGGAGUCGCUCUGCAGAAGUGUUUCGAGGAGGGUGUGUGCAAGAGAGAGGACCUCUUUGUUACUUCUGAACUCUGGUCAGGUAGCUAACAUGGAGAAGCAAUAUGUACUGCUGUCCUUGCAGAAGUCUCUAAAGAAACUCCAGCUAGACUACCUUGACCUCUUCCUUGUUUACUCACCAUUUGCAUUCUCCCACACAGUCACAGACUUGAAAAAUAUCGCAGAAGACGACAAGCUUGGUUACGAUGAGUGUCGCGUGGCAGGAGUGUGGGAGGUAAAGACAGUUGCUGUAGCUGUAUGUUGUAGCUAUUAUGCUAACAGUGAUUUGUUCAUACAGGGCAUGGAAGAGGCAGUGAGUGAAGGUCUGACUAGGGCCAUAGGUGUCUCCAACUUCACCAUCAGAAAUACAGAGGCACUCCUCAAGACUGCCAAGAUUGUACCAGCUGUCAACCAGGUGGUGUGCCACCCUCUCUUCCAGCAGAAUAAACUUAGAGAGUAUAUACUGUGAUACCAAAGGGAUUUUGAUUCAAGCCUAUUCGCCUCUUGGAAGUCCAGCACGUUGGGGAGUUCAGGCUUCUGAUCCCAUCGUUAUGGAGAAUCCAACCAUCAAAGAAAUAGCGGCUAAAAAAGGAGCCACAGCAGCACAGAUCUGCAUCUCGUUCCUCCUCCACCGAGGGUUUGUGGUGAUUCCAAAGUCAGUGACCCCUCACAGGAUCCAGGAGAACUUUGAGGCAACAAAAGUGUCCCUCACUGAGGAAGAGGUCCAAGCAUUGGUGGGCAUUGACAAGAAUCACCACCUCUUAAACAGUGUUGGAGCCUUUCUACCAAAAGGAGAGACAAUCGAGACAGCUUUUGAUGUGGAGCCUGACGAGAAGUUUGUCAUCCAACAAUGAAUCCUGGGACAGCUGUAGCUCUGUAGAUUUAGCCAUUUAACUACACCCUGCAUCUUAAAAAUUUGUUUAUCACUGUCUCAUGUCCAUACAAAAGUGUCAAUACACGAUUCUGUUGUGAAUAUAAUUAUAAUAAUUGUAAUAGUU